AUUUUCACUUGCAUCGAGCAACAGCUUGUUAAACUGCAGAGCUUGGUAACGUGAUUUAAGGUUGAGUGGAUUCUUCAACAGGGACUGUUUUUAACCACUGCCAAGAUGUCAUUAGAAUUUAAAGAUGCCUUUUGGGGAGUGGACUUCAUCAGCAAUGUUGGGUAUGAGACCAUUAUUCAGAGACUUAAUGAUGGCCGACGGACAUGCAAAGAAAUGGAGGAGCUCUUGAAAAUGAGGGCAUCAGCAGAAGAGAAAUAUGGCAAGGACCUGGUCACUAUUGCGCGCAAGGCUGGGGGUUUAUAUGAGAUCAGCACUUUGAGGGCAUCUUUUGACGAAAUGAAAGCACAAAUUGAGAACAUAGGAAACUUGCACAUUCAGCUUUCCGGACUCUUGAAGGAGGAGGUAAAGAGAAUGGAGCAGUUCAGAGAUCGACAGAAAGAGCAGAGAAAAAAGUUUGAAGUCAUCAUGGAGAAGGUCCAGAAAACUAAAGUCUCCCUCUACAAGAAAACAAUAGAAUCUAAGAAAUCUUAUGAGCAGCGCUGCAGGGAGGCAGACGAGGCUGAGCAGACGGCCGAGAAGAUGGGCAACACUCCCACAGCCACUCCCAAACAGAUUGAGAAGAUGAACAACAAAUCUAAACAGUGCAGAGAAGCUGCAGAGGAGGCUGAGAAACAAUACAUAUCAAACACUGAACAACUUGACAAGAUCCGUCAAGAAUGGGAAUCAACACACAUCAGCACAUGUGAGAUGUUUCAGCAGCAGGAAGAAGACCGCAUCAACAUACUACGGAAUGCUUUGUGGGAGCACUGUAACCAGUUAUCAAUGCAGUGUGUGAAAGAUGAUGAGUGUUACGAGGAUGUGAGGAAAACACUGGAAAGGUGUGACAUCAUCACAGACAACAACUGCUUUGUGGACAUGAAACGCACUGGCUCAACCCCCCCAGCUCCAAUUGAAUACCAAAAUUACUACGACAGGGAAGCUGCAACUGACAGAAAUGGCAGUGCUGGAUUCGUAGGCGUCAUGAAAAGGUUUUCAAAUCUUCUGCAGGGAAACGGUUCCACUGGGUCCAAAACGAGCAUCAAUGAGCCUGUUGCACAACCCACUGCAGAAACAUCAGAGGGGGUAUAUGCUUCCAUUCCUGGAUUUCAGGCGUCCCAGCCGAGCAGUCAGGAGUAUAAGGCCCUGUAUGACUAUGUGGCACAGGGGGACGAUGAGCUCUCUGUAUCUGCUGGGGACGUUGUGGUCGUCAAAGACCAAGGUGAUGACGGUUGGUGGUUGGUGCAAAGAAAUGGCCUUACGGGAUUGGUCCCUGGUUCGUACCUUGCCAAAGAAUGAGUUCAUCUGACAGUCAUAUGUUGGACUUUAAGACUACUACAUUUCCUCAUGUAAUAUGUUGUAAAGGCCUUAUAUAUUAUCUUUUUUCUACUGUUCAUAUUUGUGUUAUAUUCAUCAUUAAAACUUUUUUAAAAAUGUCAAAAUUUGGCAUCACCUAUUGGUGGCAAUAUAAAAGACACUGUAGAGGAGAUUAGUGCAGAAUGAAAUUCUGACAGCAACAAACUUUUUUGUUUUUACAAACAAAAACCUUUUCAGUCAUAAUAAUGUAAAGUUUCUGUUACCAGAGAAAAUCAUAAUCAUAGGAGUUUAAAGACACAGUAGCUGUUGAACUGUUGGAUUAUUUAUUGCUAUGGCACAUAUUCAUAUUACUCUGCCCUCACUGCUGGUGUGUUGAAUGCUCCUCAUACCAAUGACAGCUGGGAGAUAUACUGAUCUGUUGCACAAGGUCACUGCACUAAGUUUAUUCAUAUAUUGUGAAUUAAAUUCUUUUAUAUUUGAAGUCCUAAAUGUUGGGCAGAAUGUUUGAUUUCUAUUCUUGGCUUGUAUAUAAUUUCUAUUUGUAGUUAUUGUUUUUAUUCUGAAUGCUAAGUGCAUGAGCAUGUAUUUGUAUUUAUUGAGUAUGAGAGGUUUAAGUUUUCAUUCAACAUCAGUCAACAUUGUUUUUAUUCUCCCCUAAUUGAAAAAACAUAAUUUUCCUCUCUUAUGCCCCAUUUACUGUAGCAAAGACUAAUCUUAAUGUGGAUUAUAAGACCAGACCAGAACAAUUCAAACACAGUAUUUGAAAUGCACCCUAGUACUAUUCUUGGAUCAUGUGGCUGAGCAGCCUGCUCUCUGGUAUCUGGUUACUGUGCAGCGGGUGAUGCACAGCUAACACGGUGUCUUUCAAGUGGCCAAAGUGUCAUUUUUCCACCAUUUGACAUGUAUAUGAAGGGCCACAACAGUUUUCUAGAGACAGAUACAACUAGGUCUAGUGAUUCCAGUAAUAGCUAAUAUAUAUGCGUUACACACAUUUUUAGCCAGUCUUAACUUACAAGCUAGUCCGAAGACCUAAAGCAUCAAAGCAUAAAAGAUAUAAUAGACACAGGCCAAACCAUCUGACUGAAUACGUAAAGCCCCUUACAAUCCUUCCUCAUGACUUUUGUUUUUUGGGACCAAGAUGACUUGAUCUUCCAGCGAGACCAGCCAUUUAAAACGGGUUAUAUCAGAAUGGGUAAAAAAAAAAAAAAAAAGUCUUUGUAAAGAUGUGAAAUUUAUAUGAAACAAUAAAAUCUGAAAACUGUU